AUGGAAGAUGGAAGGGGGCGUGGGAAGGGGAAGGGGGCGUGGGAAGGGGCGUGGGAAGGGGGGGGAAGGGACGGGGCGGGCGAUGGGAAGGGGCGUGGGAAGAGGACGAUGAAGCGGGAAGGGGCGUGGGGCGGGGGCGGAGGCGUGGGCGGGGGACGUCAAGGGGGGAUGGGGCGAGGAAGAGGACGUGGGGCGAGGGAAAGGGGCGAUGGGAAGAGGCGUGGGAAGGGGGCGUGGGAAGGGGGCGAUGGGGCGGAGGAAGGGCGGUGGAAGCGGGGAAGGGGCGUGGGAAGGGGAAGGGGCGAUGGGAAGGGGCGUGGGAAGAGGGGCGAUGGGGGAAGAGGCGUGGGAAGAGGCGUGGGGAAGGGCGAUGGGAAGAGGGGCGAUGGGAGGAGACGUCGUGAGGAAGAAGUGAUGGGAAGGGGCUGA